GAAAACAGGGUGAUUAGUGUAAUAUCGACAGGGAAAACAAAAUAAUUUUUUUCCUUGUAAGAAAAAAAUAUACAACAUUUCGGAAAGAAGAGAAAAAUAUAAGAACAUUUAAAUGUUAACUUGAAUUUCAACCACAAUAAUCCAGCAGAAUCCCAUAAAGAGGAGGAAGGAAAAAGGAACGUGGGACGUGCAAUGGAUUCGACUGGGAGCAGUCCUCAAAACCAUGGAAAUAUAAAAACAGAGUCGGUGGAAGUUACCCACUUCAAUGAUGAACCGAAUAGCGAAAGGACAUUCCAAUUUGAGUUGGAAGCGAAUGAAAGUGGCUCUGAUAAGGUCGUACAACAUGAUUUUUAUGAAAUACUAGAAAUAGAAAAUGACACCUUUACCAAUGAAGAGGAUAGCCAUCUGAUGGCCCCAACCGCUGAGCAAAACCCAUUAAACAUUGAAAUCAAAAACGAACCAAUUGAUGAUGAGUUGUGUGAGGAAAAAGAUUUCCAUAUAUCGGAAGGCGAGGUUUCCACUGAGAAUGGUGAAUACACUGAGGAGUUUGUCAUAACCAUAAAAGAGGAAAUGGAAGAUGAGACUUUAAACGAAAGUUUUUCGAAUGAAUUCGACUCGUCUAGCGAUACGAUACAAGAUGAGUCCUUUGAAAGCACCCAAGUCCCCCUCAAAAUAACAAACUGUUCCAGUCUGCCCCAUCCUAUCCACAUGCCAAAUAUUUGCUUGCCAAUUAAAUGCCCACACUGCCCUAAUGCAUAUAGCCCAAGAGUCUUUGAACACCACAUCCAGUCGGUCAAGUGUGUCUACUGCUCCGAGUCCUUUCAGUGCGGCGGAGGCCUCAAAUCGCAUAUGCGUACUCACGCCGAGUCAAAGCCAUUCAAUUGCACCGAAUGUGAAAAGGCUUUUAGCACUAUUCAUAUCCUGGUAGAACACAUGCGAACCCACACAGGAGAGAAACCAUUCUGCUGUCCAUACUGUCCGAAGGCCUAUACGCAAAGACAUGGCCUGAGAAAGCACAUUCACACCCACACAGGAGAGCGGCCAUUCGAGUGUUCGUAUUGCCCCAAGUCCUUCACAAAUGGAGCUAGUCUUAAAUCGCACAUUCGUACCCACACCGGUGAAAAGCCAUACAAGUGCUCCGAGUGCAAUAGAGAUUUUGCAGAGCGUAAAUAUUUGCAAGUCCACAUGCGAACCCACACUGGAGAGCGACCCUUUAAGUGCCCGCAAUGUCCUUCAGCCUACAAGCAACGAUCAUAUUUAACUGCUCACAUCCGGAGCCACACAGGUGAAAGAUUGUACAAGUGCACUGAGUGUCCAAAGGCUUUCACCAUAAAAUCUGUUCUGGAUAACCACAUGCGGACCCAUACGGGAGAGCGGCCGUUUAGCUGUUCCCUGUGCUCAAAGACUUUUAAAUAUAAUUCCAACUACGUAAUACACAUGCGAUCCCAUACGGAGGCUUCCAGCAAUAGCAAUAGCACAUGAAACAUUGGUUUUAUGAUUCAAUUUUAAUUAUUUUUAAAUUCGUUAUGUUAAAAUUUUACUACUUUGUGUAAUAUUAUUAUUAGGUUUUUAAACAUGUUAAAUAUUAUAAGAACUGAAAUCAAAGUUUCAAACUUUA